UGAAUCUCUAGCCUAUAACUCGCAUAUCCUGGCUGUUCUGUUUACCUUGAUGCCCUCAGUUAGUCGGUCACGCGCUAGAUAAUUUAUGAGUAAUGUCAAUAGGUGCCCGACAGCUACUGUGAGCCUCGACAUACGCCGACGAUCUUCUUGACAGAUUUACAUGAUCCCUCUGUUGACAGCUGAGCUCGAGCUUCGACAAAUGACUUCAAUUGCAGGGGGACCCAAGCGAUGCCCCAUUGUACGUGCGCUAAACACCGCGGGGCAGCAAGAUUUGAAUGUGCCCCUCUUCUGCUUCAGCAACGAAGUCCUGUCCUGUGCCAAGUGAACUCUGCUCAACUUCUUCAAGGACGCAAAGAUCUAUAUCCUGCCUCGCCAUCAUGUCUCAAAAUGCAGUCCUUGUCACCGGUGCUACCGGCCUUCUUGGUCGGCAGGUGGUGCGAGCUUUCGAGCGGGAGAGUUGGACGGUCAAAGGCACUGGCUUUUCUCGUGCCGACGGAAACUCAAUCCUGAAGGUCGACCUUGCCGAUGCCGCCGAAGUUGAAAAGGUUCUCGACAUUGUCAAGCCUCAGGCAGUUGUGCAUUGCGCCGCGAAUCGCUACCCGGACAAGUGCGAAAGCGACCCGGAAGGAACUCGGGCUCUCAACGUAGCUGCGUCCAAGUCAUUCGCGAAGCUCUGUGCGGCACGGGACAUCUUCCUCAUCUACAUUUCAACCGAUUACGUCUUCCCUGGCAAGCCUGGGGAUGCACCCUAUGAGGCGGGUGCCACACCCCGACCGACCAACCUAUACGGGCAAACCAAGCUGGAUGGAGAACAUGCCACCCUGGAAGAAUUCAAGAGCGCUGGAAAGCCAGGCCUUGGUGUGGUCAUGAGAGUUCCAGUGCUGUACGGUGACGCUGAAGUUCCGUCGGAGAGUGCUGUCAACAUUCUCAUGGAAUCAGUCUGGAAGGCACAAGAGGAGGGGGCCAAGAUCAAGAUGGACCACUGGGCCCUGCGAUACCCAACCAACACCGAGGACGUUGGCCGCGUGUGUCAGGAUGUCGCGACCAAGUACUUGCAAGCAGGGGAUCGCUCGGCGCUGCCCCAGAUCCUGCAGUUCUCUUCGGAGGAUAAGUACACCAAAUACGAGAUAUGUCAGCUCUUUGGAGAGAUAAUGGGCCUGCCGAUCGCAGCGAUUGAGGCGAACACCGAGGGCAAUGACCCCAAUGCCUCGGUUCAGAGACCUUACGAUUGCCACUUGAGCACGAAGGCCCUGAAAGAUCUCGGAAUCGAUGUUUCUACCCAAGAUUUCACAGGUUGGUGGCGGUGGUCCGUGAGAGCAUUCAGAAAAUGAGCUAUUUGAGUAGUUUAGAUCGCCUUCAUCAGCCUGGUGGUUGGUUCAGCUAGCAAUACACACGGCAGUGACAACAUCCCUUUGAAUCACGCAUUGCUACGAUGAGAUUCGACUGAGAUUCAAGAGACCACCUGGGUUUGGUUUGCGACGCGUCGACGGUUCCAAGUUCUCGUGGCAGUUUGCAGCAUGGGGCAAAAUGUUCUAGAACUCUUUCGGCGAGGCGCAGUUAGCAUCCUCCGACACGAUCACAGCCGUUGGGACCUGAGAGUGGUCAUGCACAACUCACUAGUGCAGAUUGCCAAGAAGCUAGACAGUAAUCACCGGUUUCUCCAGAUGUCCAAUCUCCAGAUGUCCAAUCUGCAAUGCG